GGGAGACCAAGAGGGGGUGAGGAGAUGGGGGGGUGGGGCCAGGGAUCCCCUACCGGAGGUAGGCAUGACGACGGGUAUGAGUCGGACGGACGUCAGCCGGACUUCGGACAGAGACGCCCGGUUCGCCACGAUAGGAGAGAACCGCCUCGGGAGUCGGGCCGACCGGAGGCCGAACGAAACCGACGCUAUGAUCCCAACGAACUCGGCCGACCCGAUAUGGGACGAAACGGACCGAAGGACCGUCCCGAAAUUGGCCGACCCGAUGUAGGACGAAACCGACCGACCGACCGUCCCGACGUAGGCCGAGCAGACGACGAACGAAACCGACUGAAUGACCGUACCGACAUAGGCCGACCACGUGUCGGAGAAGACCGACCAAUCAACCGGCGUAAAAUGAGCCCACCUGACGUCGAAAGGCGUCGACCAGGUGAUCCACGUGAUCACAGGUACAGUCCCAACGGUCGUGGAUAUCCUCCUCGGGAACGAGAAACGAAUCCUUCCAGAGAACGAGCUCAAGGGCCAGGCGACCCUUACAGAGGCUUCCGACCUGAAGAACCCCGAAGCCGUAGACCAAGCGGGCCACCACCUAGGUACAACCCGGAAGAUCGUUGGGACGAGAGGGACCACGGCCGCUUCCCGCCCAAAGACGACGCAUUGCCUACACGUGAUUACAACCAAGGGCAGAGGCGAUUUACUCCCAAAGAACAAGUUCCACCAAACCGUCGGUUCACACCACAAGAACAGCGCAACGCGCGGAAGAACACGCCAUUCGACCCAAGAGCUCCGUCAGAUUUCGAGUCCGAUAGGAACGAUCAUCGCAGACCGGGUGAGCCACCACGCGGGAGGUCUCCAUACGACAGGGACGACGUCUCAUGGGGGCCACGAUUUCCAACCGAUGGCCCGUACGGUAGGAAUGAAGCGCCACCUAGUGACCGUCGUGGUCAUGACAUGCCACCUGGCGAGCGCCGUGGGCAACCCAUGCACAGCCACCCAUACUCGCAAGGCGGCGUUGCUCCAGGGUUCCGUCCCGACUACCCACCGGAUCCCUCCAGUAGAGGAGAACCCCCGUACCAGAACACCAGCACACCCCGCGUUCCAGAGGGCCCCUACCGACCUGUACCAAAAGCUGGCCCAUACCCCGAGCGAGAGAAUGGAUACAUCUCCGACGCGUCCUCUCGGUACCGACCGCGCGACGACUCCUACCAAUCGGACGACGAAAACUCCCGAAGCAGUCAAAACGACGGCUACGAAAUCCCGGCGAAGAAGCCGAACCGAGGGUUUUCGUAUGCACCGAAAGAAUCGCUGGAGCGGUCCUUCAACCAUGGAACGUACAACCCGCCUACACCAAAACCUGGGGGUGUCCGACGGCCGAAGUCUUUGGAGGACAUCUCCGAUGAAGACCGAGGUCAUCCCGAGGGACAGUCGACUUUUGCCGAGGAAUAUCGUCAGAAACCGAAAGCGUAUCCUACUGCGCAGUCGCAGUAUCCGGAAAAGUCCGAAGACCCGACGGAAGACGAAGUUAUCUUCCUGAGCGCGACGCUCGCCUAUUGGCUGAUCGGAGUGGGUGUGGCCUGUAUUGUGGUCGGAACCGUCGGCUUGUUCUUCUGUAUGACGUGGCACGCCAUGGCCGGGGCUCCAUUGUGGAGUGGACUAUGUGUCGUUGCGACGGGAGGUCUUGCCAUUGUGAACAACAAACAUCCGUCUAAGUUCGUCACCACGGUCUUUGUUGUCGUCGCAGUUGUCGCCUUGCUUUUGCAGCUCGUCAACGCCGGCAUAACGGCCAGCGGACUCUCUAUCGCUGUCGACAUCAUCAAGGAAAUCAAUGUCAAUGGGGGUCAAAGAGCUGCGGUCCCUACACCAGCACCAGGAUUCAAUAUCAUAUUUUGGAACACGGCAAUCUAUGCAUUUGUCUCUACCCCAAAUUUAAUGUUCUAUGUGAAUAUAGCAAUGUUUGUGGUGAUUCUGCUGACAUCGGUGGUGGCGAAUGUGCUGCUAAUUUUCGUUCUGGCGAAGACGGUGCAGAAACUACGUCAGAGGAAACAACAGAAAGGAGAACGGAACAUCUCUAUGAUGAACCUCCCACAAGCCGAACACGUCCAACCCGUCAACCCCCCGCACAGCCAGAUACACUACAUGGACUCUCUCACUUGAACCACAGCCGGACUAUGUAAGCGAGACAGAACAACUGUAUAUACUUCGGUCACAUUUCCAAACCGGGGCGCAGCCUGGCAGCUUUCAUGAACGAAACGUGUAAUGCAAAAGACAACUAAACACAAGAACAUUCUAAAAAUUGUCAUGAGCUUAAUUUGUGUAAUAAAAAACUAUACUCUUGAUAAACAAAUUUAUUUUCCGAUUUCAAAUCGCAAACAUUGCCUACUCGGAGCCAGGCCGAGCUGUUUGUAGAUACGAUGGAUUUAAGUUUAUGCCUAUAAAUAUGUACAAGGCAUACCGUAAAAUGUUGGUCUGUUUUGUGUUCUUUGCUGUCUGUUAUACUGUACUUCCGUUCCUAAAAACUACCGAACCGGGCUCCUUUGUGGAAAUGUGACGUUAAAAUUGGACAGGUUACUUUCUGACAAGUAAGCUUUAUUACAGUAACUAUACCCAAGAAGAAAUACAGAGCAAGUCUUUAUCUAG